AUGCACGAGGCUAAUCGUACCCCAGCCGCUGCUUGGGGUCAUGAUAAUGACGGGCAAGGCAUAGAUUCGCCCAUCUAUCAAGUGGAAGAAUGGCCAAUCCAAUACCGGGCCAAACUGCCAUCGACAAUGCAGUACCCAAUCGGUCUGCAACCUCAAUGGGGACUUGAGACUACGCCGGAGCUUGAAACUUUCAGGUGGACCAAACUUCUUCUAGACCCAGAUAUGGAGUCAACCGAUUUCCGGGACGAGGAAUUAGAGAGAGUAUCAGGGCACCAACUCAUGCGACUCCCAACCGGAAAGUCGGCCGUGCGUGUCGUCGCCGACUACCUUCGCGGGAUCCGUAACCACCUGGAACAGUCGGACAUUUUUCGCCAACCAAACAUCAGAAAGGAAUACUGGUUUUCCAUUCCGGCGGGCUGGUCCAACGAUGCACAAGUGCGGAUGAGUGAGGCCAUCCACUUGGCCGGGUUUGGCCAUAAACCAAAUGAGGAAGUUUGCCUUGUUACCGAGAGCGAGGCAUCUGCGAUAUCCAUUCUUGAAGCUUCUGACAAACAAAGAGAGGACAUUGCCUGUUAUAUGAUUACCGAUGUAACUGCAACAUCGUAUUCGCUCACGGAACUGAGCAGUGCCAUAGGCCCCAAAUCUGGGAGUACCAUCAUUGACAGAGAGUUCUUGAAGCUCAUGAGGGAACGCUUCAACACUUCCUUCACAACGCCGUUCAAUGACGAUCCGGAUCGGAGAGAACGUCUUAUGAACGACUUCAAACAAUUAAAGGAAGCGUUCAUUGGAGACGGAAGUAGCCAUCGUCUUAUGUUCCGGAUGGAUUGUUUUACGUCGCAAUGGUAUGACUCCAUGAGGGGUCAUAUAAUCUUGUCCGACAGUGAUAUCCGAGCAUUCUUUGACCGCGUCAUCGGCCAAGUCGUCCAUUAUGUGAACGACCAGGUGGAUAAAGCCACUUGCGGGCACUUCAAAAUCGACGAACUGUUGAUGACUGGGGGGCUGAUGCGCUCUGAAUUUGCGCGAGAUAAGUUCUCGCAGGGGUUUAAGGAUGCAGGAUUUGUUAGUAUCCUGUAUUCUCAAGUACCAGGUAGCGAACUAUCUGCAUCUCUCGGUGCCGCGCGAAAGGGCCUGAGCGGCAUUGUCACCAAGAACCAGACAUGUAACAAAAGUUAUUUCAUUGAGUGCUCAGGGUUACGGGAGGAACCCGGCAUAUGUCUGCAAGAUUUCAUUAAUGAGCCCGAUGUGCCCGCUUAUCCACAUCAGAUCUUGGUCAAGGGCCGUGUCUACGAGGAAGGUAGACCCUACAAGGCUGUGUUUCAGCUUUAUAGUCGCCCCGGGGAGCCCCUUGUCAAAACGUUUUUUCUGAAAAUUAGCGAUGGCCAAAAAUCGCGCGUACUGGCCCGGUUGACCUGCAAUAUGUCCGACAUACCCACCAACGAACGUGCCCUACAACCUGCUGCUGGAGGCGGGGUAUACUCGCAUCAAUGCGUCUCUGUCACUGCGACAUUCUGUGUGAAGGGGUACCUGGAAAUCAAAGUCCAUACUAAACUUAAGGUGUUGGCCAGAAAAAGGGUACCUAGAAUAUGGAGUGAGCGCGCUGGUACUUAA